AAGAGAUUUCCUUCUGGCAGAGACGGUGCUGGGGACAGGUGCGUGUCAUAGAGGACAGUGGAACCUGAAGCCAAAGCAGCUGAAGAGACGAGCAGGCCGACCUGCUACCGGGUGGUCUGAUCUGACUUGAAGGGCAGAGGAUGGAACUCACUCCCACAGAGCCGUACGAUCUGUACGAUGGCUUUGAGGGUUUGUGUGAGAUGCAGCGUAACGAUGCGUUGCUGCAGGUCGUCAGACCCUACGUGCAUUCCAUCAUCUGCCUUCUGGGGCUGCUGGGCAACAUUCUGGUGAUCGUCACAUACGCCUUUUACAAGAGGGCCAAGUCCAUGACGGACGUGUACCUGCUGAACGUGGCGGUGUCGGACAUGCUGUUCGUGGUGGCCCUCCCGCUCAUCAUCUACAACGAGCAGUACCACUGGGUGAUGGGCACCUGGGCCUGCAAACUGCUGCGCGGCGUCUACAGCGUCAACCUGUACAGCUGCAUGCUGCUGCUGGCCUGCAUCAGCGCGGACCGCUACAUCGCCAUCGUGCAGGCCCGCAGGUCCUUCCGCAUCCGCUCCCGCACCCUGGUGUACAGCCGGGUGAUCUGCGUGGCCGUGUGGGUGCUGGCUCUCUGCCUGUCCAUCCCAACCUUCGUCUACAAUGAGGUCUACAAAGACAAACCCUCCGAAUUCAGCCCCAACUACCACCUGGAAAACGUGACCUUCCUGGACGUGCAAGAGGAGGACAGCACAGACGUGUGCUACGUCAGGUUCGAGACGAACGACACAGCACGGCUGAUGAAGAUCCUGGUGCCCAGCACGCAGGUGGCCGUGGGCUUCCUACUCCCCCUGCUGGUCAUGGGCUUCUGCUACUCCAGCAUCAUCUGCACCCUGCUCCAUGCCAAAAACUUCCAGAGGCACAAGGCGGUCCGCGUCGUCAUGGCGGUGGUGGUGGUCUUCAUCGCCUGCCACCUGCCCUACAAUGCCAGCCUCCUGUACAACACGGUGGUGCUGUUCGAGCAGCGGGAGUGUGCGGACGAGGAGACCAUCGCCAUGGUGCUGACCGUCACCGAGACCCUGGCCUACUUGCACUGCUGCGUCAACCCUGUGCUGUACGCCUUCAUUGGGGUCAAGUUCCGCAACCACUUCUGCAAGAUCCUGGAGGAUCUGUGGUGCCUGGGCAAGAGGUACAUCUACACCAGGCGGUCCUCACGGGUCACGUCCGAGAUGUACAUCUCCACUCGCAAGUCCACCGAGGGAUCCUGCAACGAAAACGCCUCGUCUUUUACCAUGUGAAGAAACGUUACUGCAAAGCGUGUGCGUGAAGGUACUGACACUGCAUCCGGCAGUGCAUCUGCUUCAGAUUGGAAGAAAUGGAUACCCAGAAAAAUAACUGAACCCACAUUAAACAAAUAGAAAAUCUGGUGGAAUGUUGGAUACUAUCUUAUAUUUUGUACAAUUAAGGAAUAUUUUACAACACAAUGGGUUAAUCCAAUCAAAAAUCUGAACAUUUUACACAAUGCCCUCUUUUAUAAGCAUAAAAGGACCAUCUUUGUUUAUUGUAUGACUAUAUCUUCUUAUUACACGAGUCAUGUUGCUUCUCUGUGCUGCAGAUUAUCAGCUGUGAUUUCAGUUAGACCUCUAACAGCGUGCACUUUGACAUUUUGUAGCGAAAGUCAAGUAUGUGUUCAGUGUGACAAGCCAUUUAUCUCAAUUAGGCCUUGUGCAAAGAGAGGGUCUGCAAGGUGGUGUUAGUACAGUUGAGGAAAGAAAUUAAAAUGUCAUAUUUGUAAACAAAAGAUUAUUAUAAUGACUUACAUAUUCAUUAGCAUACACUGAUUAUCUUUAGCAAUUUUGCUUACUGUCUCUUGCAUAUAUUUUUAACUUUUUUCAGAUUACAUUACAUUACUGUCAUUUAGCAGACACACUUUUCCAGAGUGACACACGUUACAAUUUCUUCUUCUUCUCUCAUCCAUUUAAAUAGGCAGAUAUUUAAUGAGGGUUAAGUACCUUGUCAAAGGGUACAGCAGCAGUGCCCCAGUAGGGAAUCAAACCAACAACCCUUCAGUUACACGCCCUACUCAUAGUCACCGCUGUGCUACACUGCUGCCAAAUUUUUCCAGAUAAAUAUCGUGGGCCGUGAAAACACAGCUUUCUGAGGACCAAACACAUGCCAGCUAAAUCCCCUUUAGAGAAGACACCCCCUGAAUUAUAAAGAGCACAGCAUUAGGGCUCAGAUGCAUGGAGAGGCCAUGUCUGACUGGCUGUGUAUAAUGCCAUAGUUGGAUUUUUCUGAAUAUAUAUUUUUGUAUAGAUACACGCUGUACGUGAC